AAACUAGCGGAUGUCUGAAAGUGCACUUAGUCUGGAGUUUGUUUUCAUCUUCAACUACAGAGAAAUAAAAACACACAUCUACCACUGCAGAUAUGAGCAAAAUCCUGGUAGGCUUCUUCACUGUAGCCCUGUGUUUCUCACUAGGCUACACCCUGCAAUGCUAUAAGUGUGAUAUAGGAUUUUGGAGUCUGUGUGUCACCGACACAGAGACAUGUGCAGCCAACCAGCAAUGUUUCACUGGAAAGGGGAAAGCAGCUGGGGUGAUUAAGGUGACCAUGAGAGGAUGUCUGGACGUAGCCAGCUGCAAUAAGACGUCAAACGUUGAUUUUCCCACCAAUUCCUCCAGCAUCUACGAAAUGACCAAAACCUGCUGCAACACUGACCUGUGCAACACCGCCGCGCCACUCGCUCUCACACACACACUCACCCUCGCCAUCGCCUCUCUCGCCACAAUGCUCCUCACCAAAGUGCUGGUGUGAGGGGGUCUCUCUCUCCCACUCUCUCUCUCUCUCUCUCUCUCUCUCACACACACACACACACACACACAGUCCUAUCUGUGAUAUUUAAUCCUGUUUCUGGGUUUUUCCUCUGUUUUAUUUUAAUUGCAGCUACAAAAUGUAAAACCUCCAUAUGAUCACGUCGUUGUGUUGCUCGUUUUCUUUAUGUCUUGAGGAGAUGAACCAUAGCCUUCUGUGAUUUUUCUCUCAUUUUACCUCUUUUUGUAAAGAAAUAUUACAAUCUGAUGUCCCUAUUGACAAUCUGAAUGUUUAUUAUCAUUUCUUAUCUCAUUAAGGGUUAAAGUACAUGAUGUAGGGUAAGCUGAGUAUAUCUGUUAUUGAUCUGACAAUCAUUUAAAGUUUUUAUUCCUUCAUUAUUUCAAAUGUAAGCUAACAUUUUUGGUUUUGUCCUUUUUUUUAAAUUAUUUUGAUCCCCAUAAGAAUUUGACAUUUGCAAAAAUUUACUAAAUUUUUCACCGUGCUAGAUGUUUAAACUCCAAAAUGCGAAAAACACGCAUGUUUUAAAUUCAUGUAAAUUGCCUUCACGUGUAUUUGACAUUUAUUACACUUGAUUUGAAAUGAAACGCCAAACCUGUGUGAGUGUUUACACGCUCGUCUUUACACAAAGUUCUUUGUAUCGAAAAGAAGAAAAGAGAGAUGUGCUUGAGAUGAUGUUGGCUGUGUGCUUUCUGAUCAGGUGCUGGAUAAAAAAUAAAUCCAAAUUGGUCAAAAAUA